AACUGGAUGUACGUGCAUUUAUAUUCGCUCCCUGACAUUUGCUUUCUUUGCCAGACUGGAGGGAUGGGGACACGGUGUGCCGAGGUGGCACUCAGACACAUGAUGGGCACCCAAACAAGGAGCCUUUUCAUUCUCGCUCAGAAGCUGCUGUAAAACACGCGGAUAUCAGGACACCGAUGACCCUGAGAGUGUCAGAUUGGACUUAACCGCAGAGAACCUACAGGAAUAUAAGCGUUUUGCGUUGUGUCACAGUUUAUACUCGCGCGCAAGGACGAUUUCAUUGCGUAAAAGACUGAUUGUGUCCGGAGAUUCGUGUGCGGGCUGCGCGCACCGGCGCUCUCAAGACCCUCCAUCACCAAGAGCUGCACGAAGACGCGGGUGACUUUAUAGUAAGAACCACUUGCACCUGGCCAGCCAUAGCAAGAGAAGGAGCAACACUCAUAUUACCCAAUCCAGGACAAGGGGCGGGGCCAUGGGGCUUUUACGAGUGCUGCUAUUUGCCAGUUUGCUUGGCCCUGUAACUCUGGCGUUCAGUCGAUCCCCUGUACCCAUGGCCGUCGUUCGGCGGGAGUUGUCCUGUGAAAGUUACCCAAUCGAGCUGCGCUGUCCGGGUACAGACGUCAUCAUGAUCGAGAGCGCAAACUACGGCCGAACCGACGACAAGAUCUGCGACGCAGACCCCGCCCAAAUGGAGAACACGCGCUGUUAUUUGCCUGAUGCCUACAAGAUCAUGAGCCAAAGGUGUAAUAACCGGACACAGUGUGCUGUAGUGGCCGGACCGGACGCUUUUCCUGACCCCUGUCCGGGAACCUACAAAUACCUUGAAGUCCAGUACGAGUGCGUGCCGUACAAGGUGGAUCAGAAAGUUUUCUUGUGCCCGGGGCUCUUGAGGGGCGUUUAUCAGAGUGAGCAUUUGUUUGAAUCGGACCACCAGUCUGGCGCUUGGUGUAAAGACCCCUUGCAGGCAUCCGAUAAGAUCUAUUACAUGCCCUGGACGCCAUAUCGGACAGAUAGUCUCGCUGAAUACUCCAGCAAAGAGGACUUUAUUGCCGGUCGACCCACGACAACUUAUAAACUGCCCCAUCGGGUUGACGGCACAGGGUUCGUCGUUUACGAUGGGGCUCUUUUCUUCAACAAGGAGCGGACACGGAACAUCGUCAAGUUUGACCUGCGUACCCGCAUCAAAAGCGGCGAGGCCAUCAUUGCCAGUGCAAAUUACCAUGAUACAUCUCCAUACCGCUGGGGUGGGAAAUCGGAUAUUGAUUUGGCAGUGGAUGAAAACGGUCUUUGGGUGAUUUACGCCACAGAACAAAACAACGGAAGAAUUGUGAUCAGCCAGCUGAAUCCGUACACGCUUCGGGUAGAGGGAACGUGGGAUACCGCUUACGACAAACGCUCCGCCUCCAACGCUUUUAUGAUUUGUGGAAUUUUGUACGUCAUAAAAACCGUCUACGAAGAUGACGACAGCGAAGCCACUGGGAAUAAAAUCGACUACAUCUAUAACACAGAGCUGAGCAAAGACGGCUACUUGGACAUCCCUUUCCCAAACUCCUAUCAGUAUAUUGCUGCCGUGGAUUACAAUCCCAGAGAUAAUCUGCUUUAUGUCUGGAAUAACUACCAUGUGGUCAAAUAUACCCUUGAUUUUGGAAUGCUGGACAUCAGGCCAGAAUCAUCUUCCUCUGGUAACGUCUUAAUGGACACAACAACUACACGGACCACAACUCGCCCCAUCACCAUUACAGCAACAACAACCACCACCCCGACAACAACCUCCACGACCAAACCACCAGCCACAACGUCAGCAGCCAUGCGCAGCUCUCCGACACAGCGACAGUCUGCGGAGGGCGCUGUUCCCACCACACGCUCGGACCCUUCCUCUGUCCUGCCUAACAUCGCUGUGGAAUACUGCAGCCCUAUCAGUGACUCCGCCCUCACCUGGCCAAAAACACGUCAGGGACUCGUCGCUAAGCAACCGUGUCCACCUGGAACUAUCGGAACAGCUGUGUUUGCCUGUCACGGGCCUGAGGGACUGUGGGACCUGCAGGGGCCCGAUCUGAGCAACUGCACCUCCACAUGGAUCAACAUCAUCAACCAGAAGAUGCGAGCGGGCGAGCCAGCAGCCAUAAUCUCCCGCGAGCUCUCUGAACAGACCAAGGGCCACAUGCACGCCGGUGACAUCACCUACACGGUAAAAGCUUUAGGUCAUCUCAUCGACCUGCUCGACGUCCAGCUCAGGAAUCUAACUCCCGGUGGAAAGGACAGCGCUGCACGCAGCCUCAACAAGCUGCAGAAAAGGGAGCGAUCGUGUCGAUAUUUUGUUCAGGCGAUGGUGGAGACGGUGAACAACCUGCUGCAGCCGCAGGCUCGGGCGGCGUGGAUGGAGCUGUCGACGGGCGAGCAGCUCCGCGCUGCCACCAUGCUGCUGGACACCGUCGAGCAGGGGGCGUUCGUGCUCGCCGACAACCUGCUCAAAACCGAUGUGGUGCAGGAAAACACGGAAAACAUUCAGCUGGAAGUGGCCAGGAUGAGCACAGAUGGAAAUCUUCCUGAUCUGAAGUUUCCACAGACUGGAGGCCAAGGAAACGCCAUCCACCUGUCAGCAAACACUCUUAAACAACAUGGGAGAAACGGUGAGAUCCGGAUGGCGUUCGUGUUGUACAAGCACCUGGGUUCAUAUCUGACCACCGAAAACGCCAGUGUGAAGUUUAGCAGCGAGACACUAAACACAAACUACUCGGUCAUCGUCAACUCACCCGUUAUAACGGCAGCCAUCAGCAAAGACAGUAACAAAGUCUACCUGUCCGACCCCGUCAUCUUCACCGUCCAGCACGUUCAGCAGUCAGAAGAGAAUUUCAAUCCAAACUGUUCGUUCUGGAGUUACUCGAAGCGGAGCAUGACGGGUUUCUGGUCCACACAGGACUGCCGACUGCUCGGGACCAACCGUACGCACACCACCUGCUCGUGUACGCACCUGACAAACUUCGCUGUACUCAUGGCUCAUGUGGAUGUAAAGCCAAUAGAUCCUGUGCACGAUCUGUUGUUGGACGUCAUCACAUGGGUGGGCAUCCUGCUGUCUCUGGUGUGUCUGCUCGUCUGUAUCUUCACCUUCUGCUUCUUCCGUGGCCUCCAGAGCGAUCGCAACACCAUUCACAAGAACUUGUGCAUCUCGCUCUUCAUCGCUGAAACGCUCUUCCUCACAGGCAUCAACCGUGCAGACCAGCCUAUCGCCUGCGCCGUCUUCGCGGCUCUUCUGCAUUUCUUCUUCCUGUCUGCGUUCACGUGGAUGUUUCUGGAAGGCGUUCAGCUUUACAUUAUGUUGGUGGAGGUGUUUGAGAGCGAACACUCGCGUAAGCGAUAUUUCUACCUGGCCGGAUACGGCAUUCCCGCCCUCAUCGUGGCCGUUUCGGCUGCUGUGGAUUAUCAGAGCUAUGGGACGGACAGAGUGUGCUGGUUGAGGUUGGACACUUAUUUCAUCUGGAGUUUUAUAGGUCCAGCCACACUCAUCAUCAUGCUGAAUGUGAUCUUUUUGGGAAUCGCUCUCUACAAGAUGUUCCACCACACCGCCAUCCUAAAACCUGACUCUGGUUGCCUUGACAACAUCAAUUAUGAGGAUUAUGAUCCAGAGAUUAAAUCGUGGGUAAUCGGAGCCAUAGCUCUGCUGUGUUUGCUGGGUCUGACCUGGGCGUUUGGACUGAUGUAUGUGAACGAGAGCACGGUCAUUAUGGCGUAUCUCUUCACCAUCUUUAACUCGCUGCAGGGCAUGUUCAUCUUCAUAUUUCACUGCGUCCUGCAGAAGAAGGUGCGGAAGGAGUACGGAAAGUGUCUGCGUACUCACUGCUACAGUGGAAAGAGUUUGGAUUCAUCCAUGGGUUCUGGGAAAAGUUCAGCAUCUCGUGGACCCGGACGAUAUUCCUCAGCUUCGCAGGUUCACCACCCGCCUUGUAUGACAAACUCCUCACAGUUACAGUAUGAACAAAGCCGAAUCCGUCGAAUGUGGAACGACACGGUGAGGAAACAGACAGAAUCUUCAUUCAUGACCGGAGACAUAAACAGCGCAGCUACACUCAACAGAGGUGCCAUGGCCAAUCACCUCAUCCCAAACUCUCUGCUGCGCUCGCACACCUCUAACAACCCCUAUAACACCUUACUGGGCGAAUCGGGCGUCUAUAACAACCCCACCCUCAGCAUGUACAACACUCAAGAGGGACUUCUGAACAAUGCCCGGGAUACAAGUGCCAUGGAUACUCUACCGCUGAAUGGUAACCACGGCAACAGCUACAGCUUGGCCAGCGCCGAUUACUUGAGCGACUGCGUGCAGAUCAUCGACCGCACGUACAACGUACACAAAGAGACCACGCUGGAGAAACGCAUCCUCAAAGAGCUCACGUCCAACUACCUGCCCACCUACCUGAACAAUCACGACCGCACGGCCGAGCACGGACGCAACCUCAUGAACAAGUUGGUUAACGAAGUCAACGGGGGCGGGCUGAAAGACACGCCCAUGCUACCCGUCAAUCUGGCGUUGGGCCUGGCGGACUCCACCCCUUUCCCGCCCGAGGACGGUCUGGGCCUCGAGCUGGUCAGGGAAGAGUCCAGCGCACCUCUGCUUCCCCUUGACAUUCGCUCUCAGCCCCUUCCCAACACGUUCGACUCCACCUCCUCAUCCAGACGCCGCCUUCCGCAAGAAAACAGCGAGAGUUUUUUCCCUUUGCUGACUGAAGAGCAAACGGACGAAACUCCGUCCCCCCAGAGAGACUCGCUGUACACCAGCAUGCCCACGCUGCCCGAGCCAGACGGCGUGCGCUCGCUGCCCCGCUGCGGGGACGUGCACACCCUCCCCAGGAGCGGAGAGCCGGAUGAUGUGUACUAUAAGAGCAUGCCCAACCUUGGCUCGCGGAACCACCUGCACCAGCUGCAUUCCUACUAUCAGCUGGGCCGCGGCAGCAGCGACGGCUUCAUCGUCCCACCUAAAGAUGACCUUUCGCCUGAGGAGCCUGCACACCUCGUCACCAGCUUAUAGAGGUCGCGCUUGUGAUUCGUCCAGCUUAGUUCGUCCUUCAGGCCACUACCCCUCCCCUGAUCACAUCACAACCUUUUUUGUACCUUUCAGUUGUCGCGGUUGUUUCGACUUUUGUUUCUGUGUGUGCGCAGAGAAAUGGACUGCGCCGAAAAACCUCGGGAGAGGAUUUUGUACUGUGUUCGGCAGAGGAUUAUGGGUACUUUUGUUUGCAGAGGAACCUUUGCUGAUGUUCGUCUCGUCUGUACAAUUCUGCUUAAAGGGUGAACGGACCCAAAACGGAGCCUUGCGGGAUUACGUGAACUCAAGACUUGCAGCAACCCAAAAGGAAUACAAAUAACUGCCAGAGACGUUCAAGUUCAACACCAAUCAAGUUGAAAGCAAUGUGACUCGAAAACUAUUUUAAUACCUUCUGUAUCCAUAUUUGCUUUUUAAAUAUUUUUCUUCUGGUAAGGUGAAAAGCGACACAUUUUGCUACAGUAUUCCUCAAGUGAAGCAAAACCGGACGAUAUCAAAAGGACAACUUUACCACGUGUGCUCUAGAGCAGACUUUCUCUUUUUUUCUGUAUUAAUAACAAAUAUUAAAAGAGGGCCGACACUAAUACCAGAGAAUAUUUCUAUGUACAUAUAGAGACGUUACAGAAACAGUGCUCAUUCAGUCUCCACACCCCCUGCUUCUGUAACCAUGGUGAUUUCAGAUGUCUCAUCGUCCAUGACCGAUUUCAACAGGUUUCUUUCUUUAAUUAUAUCUCCUACGUUCAUGUCUUAUCACAAUAAAAACACUGUCAGGCAAUCACAGUGACAAUAAAUAGACAAUAAACAAAUACUUUGCUAAUGGUAUCCAGUUUUUGGUGGAUAUUUUCCUUGUUCUGUUUGGAUUAUCGCUCGAUUGAUUCAAGUUUGUAGAUAAAUAAAGAAAGCCCAAUAUUAAAAAAUGUUGACUUUCAACAUGUAUGUAGAGAUAGAGGUUUGAGAAACACAAUAUCAGAGAUCUUUGUGAUUCAUAUGGGUUAAGAAUUUGUCAUGGGUGUGAACAAGACACUUGACAUUUAGGCCUUGUUUUUGCAUUAUCUUCUUUUCUGAAGGAGAAUACAUGAAUGAUUAUUUAUUUCAACUGAAGACAAUGACACUAAGUACAAUCUAUUUAGAGAAAUGUCUGGAGGUGAAAUCUAUGCGGCAGAUAUAAUAGGUUUUUUUUUUUCAUUUCAAAUACGAUUAUGGGAUUUAUUUUUAUUUAUUUUCUGUGGUUAAAUGACCUCUCACUAAUAUUUGUUGUAACAGUGAAACUUGUUUGCCAACAAAUAAAUGACUGAAAAAUAAUGAUGAUGAUAAUGAUGAUGAUGCGGUGGUGGGCGGUCGCUGUGUGUUUGUGUUUUCUCUCAAUGUAAAACAAUGGAAAUUAUGUCUUUCAUAUUCUAAUUCCGUUCCUAAAGUGAUACCCAAAAAUGAAAAGUCAUCAUUUACUUUCCCUAAUGUUGUUCUGAACCUGAGUUGAGUUUCUUUAUUCUUUUGAACACAAAGUAAGAUAUUUUGAUAAAUAAUGUAACCACACAGUACACAUCAAACAUUGACUUCCAUAGUCAUUCUGUCAUCAUUUACGCACCCUUAAGUUGUUCCAAACCAUUAUUAAUAAAGAUAUUUUAAUAAAUCUUUGCAACCAUAUCUUACCAUACCAUAUCAACUUCCAUUGUAUUAUUUUUCCUUUUAUGGAAGUGAAUGGUGUUUGGUUACAAACAUUGUUCAAAAUAUCUUCCUUUGUAGUUGAGCAGAACAAAAACAUUUAUACAAGUUUGAACCAACAUGAGAAUGAGAAAAUGAUGACAGAUUUUUUACAUUUUGGUAAACUAUCCUUUUAAUAUAUAAAUACAAGGGCUUACAUUUGGAUUAGAUGAAAUUUGAACUGAACAUACUGUACGUUUUCAUCAAUGAUUGUAUA